AACAGUAUUUCAUUCCGGCGCUUUUUUUUCCUGUGCACCACUCAUACUUCUCUGUCUGGAGCGCGGAUUAUUUUCACCCUGUGUUUUGGUCCACUGUGACCAAUUUCUGUGAUCGCACAGCUCGGUGAUCGAGCUCAUCAUGUCAGACACAUGGAGUAACAUUCAGGCCCAUAAGAAGCAGCUGGACUCGCUGCGGGAAAGGCUGAAGCGACGGCGGAAGGACCCGGCGCAGCUGUCCGGGACGGACGGCGGGCUCAGCGCUGAGGGUUCCACAGCCAGGAGCGACAGCCCAGCUCCAUCAGCUCCCUCUACUUCUCAGGGGGAGACGGAGCAGCCACCGGACCCUGAGCUGGAGAAGAGGCUGCUGGGAUAUCUCUCCGAUCUGAGCCUCUCGCUGCCCACAGACUCGCUGGCCAUCACAAAUCAGCUCAACAGUGCGGAAGGUACGGUUACUCACGGAUGCAUCCAGAGUCUGCUGCUCAAGUUCUCCGCCCAGGAGCUCAUCGAGGUCCGGCAGCCUACCUCCAUCUCCUCCUCUUCCACAACUUCUUCUCCGCCCACCACCGUCGUCGUGGCUGUGGACCACACAAAACUGUGGGCCAUGAUUGGCUCUGUGUCCGGAGCCCAAAGAGCCGGGGUCAAGAGAAAAGCCGAAGACCAGACCCUCGGCGGCUUUUCGCCUAAACUUCAGAGCUCCGCGUCUCCUCCUCACGCGUCCUCCUCCUCCAUUACGCCGGCUUCCUCGCUGCAGCUGGCGGGAUCUUCGGCGGCAGGAAGCGGAGCCGAGAAGAAGGGCCGCAGCAGCAAGAGCCAGUCGUCUCACGUGGACAUGGAGAUCGAGAGUCUCCUGAACCAGCAGUCCACCAAGGAGCAGCAGAGCAAGAAGAUGAGUCAGGAGAUCCUGGAGCUCCUUAAUGCCAGCACAGCCAAGGAGCAGUCCAUCGUGGAGAAGUUCAGGUCUCGUGGUCGAGCUCAGGUCCAGGAGUUCUGCGAUCACGGGACAAAAGAGGAGUGCGUCCGCUCUGGGGACACACCGCAGCCCUGCACGAAGCUCCAUUUCCGCCGCAUCAUCAACAAGCACACGGACGAGAGCCUCGGCGACUGCUCCUUCCUCAACACCUGUUUCCACAUGGACACCUGCAAGUACGUGCACUACGAGAUCGACAGCCCCCCCGAGGCCGAGAGCAGCCUGAUGGGGCCCCAGUCGGGGACCCCGGAGAUCGGGCUGCACGCCGAAGACGCCGACAGCAACGUGGGCAAACUCUUCCCGUCGCAGUGGAUCUGCUGCGACAUCCGCUACCUGGACAUGUCCAUCCUGGGGAAGUUCUCCGUGGUGAUGGCCGACCCUCCCUGGGACAUCCACAUGGAGUUGCCGUACGGGACGCUGACCGACGAUGAGAUGAGGAAACUCAGCAUUCCCGCCCUGCAGGAUGACGGUUUCCUCUUCCUCUGGGUCACUGGGAGAGCAAUGGAGCUGGGCCGGGAGUGUCUCAGCCAAUGGGGCUACGAGCGCGUCGACGAGAUCAUUUGGGUGAAAACCAACCAGCUGCAGCGAAUCAUUCGCACCGGCAGGACGGGCCACUGGCUGAACCACGGGAAGGAGCACUGUCUGGUGGGGGUGAAGGGAAGCACGCAGGGGUUCAACCGAGGUUUGGACUGCGACGUCAUCGUGGCCGAAGUCCGCUCCACCAGCCACAAACCAGAUGAGAUCUAUGGCAUGAUCGAGCGGCUGUCGCCCGGCACCAGGAAGAUCGAGCUCUUCGGACGACCUCACAACGUCCAGCCCAACUGGAUAACCCUGGGGAACCAGCUGGACGGCAUUCAUCUUUUGGACCCGGAGGUCGUGGCCCGCUUUAAGGAGCGAUACCCAGACGGAGUCAUCUCCAAGCCACACACACAGUGAGGAUGCCACUGUGUGUGUGUGUGUGGAGUUUGAUUUAGGACUGAUUUCUUUUUUUAAUUUUAAUUUUUUUUUUAUAA